AUCCUGAUCGAGUAGUCAGUUAUCGCGCGGCGGUCGCGACGGGGAAGCGGUGUCCGUCCGUCUGUCUGUCUGUCCGUCGCGUCGUUCGUCGAAGCGCCGAGUCGAGGCGAGAGUCGACGACGGACGGCUAUCUCGCCGCGCGACUUCCUGGCCGCCGGUGCGCAGCGGUGAUGACAAACGACGCGUCGUCGCGCCUUCGCGAGGUCCGCCUUCGUCUGCCACGUACGCGCGACGAGGCGAUAGGUGAGGUUAGGUCCUCCUCGUGAGGGAGGCCGGCGCGAGGCCCAGCGAGGCAUGCUUCUCUCCCGAAGAUGAGGCGAAACGUGAUCAGCCUGAUCAAGUUCCUCCUCCUGGCGGCAUUCACCGUGUUCCUGACCGUCGUGGUGUUCCGCUACGCACGAUCGCCGCCCAACCGUCGGCUCUCGACGCCGCUCGACACCCCGGUGGCGGCGGCGGCGGCGGUGGAGGUCGCCGUCGACCCGAGGGACGACAGCAAUCAGGGGAACGACGUGCGUCAGGAUGUGGACGACAAAAUUGAUUGGCAUGAUUACAAGAAGAUUGAGGAAGAGGAGAAACGCACUGGGAUGGGAGAACACGGAAGACCGGCUUUUCUUUCGCCAUCUCUCGACGUGCGGAAAGAAAAGUUGUAUCAAGUAAAUGGAUUCAACGCGGCUCUUAGUGAUGAGAUCUCGGUGAAUCGUUCAGUGCCUGAUAUUCGCCAUCCAGAUUGCAAAAAGAAGAAAUACUCGAGGAACUUGGAUCCUGUUUCUGUGAUAGUGUCCUUCCAUAACGAGCAUUUCAGCACGCUACUACGAACUUGUUGGAGCGUGAUUAACCGCUCACCACCUUCUCUCUUAGAGGAGAUUAUACUGGUUGACGAUGCCAGCACGAAAGUCGAAUUAAAAAAGAAAUUGGACGAUUACGUCGCCAAACACUUGCCGAAAGUAUCUGUUGUACGAUUGUCAAAACGCUCGGGAUUGAUUAGAGGCCGGUUGGCGGGUGCGAAGAAAGCGAAAGCAAAAGUUCUCGUAUUCCUGGAUUCGCAUAGCGAAGCUAAUGUGAAUUGGUUACCGCCGUUAUUGGAACCUAUCGCGCAAAAUUACAAAACUUGCGUCUGUCCGUUUAUCGAUGUGAUAGCUUACGAGACCUUUGAGUACAGAGCGCAAGAUGAAGGUGCCCGAGGGGCGUUUGAUUGGGAACUGUAUUAUAAGCGGCUUCCAUUGCUUCCGGAAGACCUGAGAAGACCCGCGGAGCCGUUCAAAAGUCCUAUAAUGGCAGGAGGUUUGUUCGCGAUCAGCGCCAAGUUUUUCUGGGAAUUGGGUGGUUACGAUCCGGGCUUGGACAUAUGGGGCGGUGAGCAAUACGAGUUAUCUUUCAAGAUAUGGCAGUGCGGUGGUCAAAUGUAUGACGCACCAUGCUCCAGGGUCGGUCACAUCUACCGUAAAUUCCCGCCGUUUCCUAAUCCCGGCCGCGGCGAUUUUCUGGGAAAAAAUUACAAGAGGGUCGCCGAAGUAUGGAUGGACGAGUACGCGGAAUAUAUCUACAAGAGACGACCGCACUUGCGGACGCUGGAUCCGGGCGAUUUGUCGGAGCAGAAGGCCUUGCGCGCGAAAUUGCAUUGUAAACCGUUUAACUGGUUCAUAAAAAACGUAGCUUUCGAUCUCGUGGAGGUGUAUCCGCCCAUCGAGCCGGAUGACUUUGCUUAUGGAGAGAUCAGAAACAUGGGCGCGACCGAGCUGUGCUUGGAUUCGAAGAAACGAAAGAGAGACGAGCUUGUCGUGAUGGACACCUGCAUAAAGGACGAUCCAAAAGUGUCGGGUGAACAGGAGUUCCGGUUGACCUGGCAUAAGGACAUCAGGCCGAAGGAUCGUACGGAUUGCUUGGACGUAUCCAGAGGCGAAGAGAAAGCACCGGUUAGCCUGUAUCCUUGUCAUGGAAAACAAGGCAAUCAGUUGUGGCGUUACGAUGUCGAGAAGCAAUGGCUACAGCAUGGUUACUCGUCCAGAUGCCUAGACACAGAUCCAGGCAGUAAGAGGGUGUUUGUGACUACUUGCGAUAAAUCAUCACCUACUCAGAAAUGGCGAAUAGAACAAGUUAACAUGAAGGCUAUUAAUAAUUGGGAAAACAUAGGACCCAAGCUCAAGUGAACUUUCUUCCUUUGUACUGCCAUAAUUCUUGAACAACAGGCUCGCGCUGGAUUCCGUUAUAUAGAAAUCCUAGAAAGAAUCCCUUUAUUCCUGGUUACUAGUCAACGUAAAUUUCAAUUUGAACAGCACUUGCGUGCUUGUGUAAAUAAUCGAUGAUGAGCGAGACUCGAUCAAUUUUGCGCGGCCCGAGUAAUCUUGCACAUAGGGUAAAAGCGAAAUUUUUUCGUUCCUUGGAUAUGCAGACUGGAUAAUAAACAGUCUUCGUAUCAACGGAUGUGUUUAUACAUAUCGCAUAUGCGCUCUAUCGUGCCUUACACAUAGCCAUACCUAAGAGUACGGUACGAUAACGAUCUUAACACUUAAGUUUCACCUUUCGCUCAAAUUAACAUUACAGUAAAUGUUAUAUCCUUUUAGAAUGCUGUUUACUAAGACGUUUCGUUUGUAUUAUAGAACUUUGUUUAACGAACAAAGUUUUAGACAUUCUAUCAAGAAAUCACAAAUAGAAUACAUAUAGCGUGGCUCACAUGAAGUGUUACUAUUUUUUUGACAAUUAUUAGAAGUUACAAGAAAAUUUUAUAAUUUCUUAGAGUUUUUACCUCUUUAUACAAAUUACAUAAAAGAUUCUAUUCUAGACAUUAAAAGCAUUUUCUUUCUGCAAUUUCUUCUAAUGAUUUUUGAGAAAAUAGUUUGUAACACUUUACGAUGUUACAUAUUUUGUAUAAUAGUUUUCAUAAUUAAUUUCGUUAAUGUUUUAAUCUGCAUAAAUAAGUAUUAUGAACAUUUUAUCAGAUUAGAUUGUUUAAAGAAAUAAGUGCAGAAAAAUAUAUAUAUAUAAAUAUAUAAAUACGUAAUUUCUCCGUUUUCAAUAUAUUAUGAAUAAAUUAUAGAAUAACUUGAAAUAUAAAGAUGCAUAUAUUUUUUUUAUAAGCAGAUCAUGUAAAAUAAAUAACACAUUUUUAAUACUAGUCGUAGUAUUUUUCUCUCAAUAUAACAUUUUCUUUAAAUACAGAAAAUCUAAAGACACAAUCUCGCAAUAUCAUCUUAAAGAGAUCUCUAUUUUCUAUAGUUAUUCUAUAGUUUAAUAUCUAAAAGCAAUCUAAUCUAUGAUUGCUUCUCGAUUGAAAGUUAUUUUGCAAUAUACUCGAAGGAUCAACGUUGAAAAUGGAGUAUUUAUUAGGAAACAAAUGAAAUAUAUUGAAUUAUGCAUUUAUUUUUUUACAUUUAUCAGUAUAUUCGUUUAUGUUUAAACGCGAAUCUUUAAUAAUUACGGAAUGAUAAAUG